UAUUUCGAUUUUCGGUUCUUCAAUUAUUUCCACAUUCUUUCAUCAAUUUUCAACCAUUUCCCUUCUCAAUUAUACCUUUUCGAUUUCAUUUCAUCUUUCGGACUUUACCAUUUAUUGCCCAUUUGAUUGUUUCACUUCUGAGAAGUGUAGUGUUCAUGCAGUUUGCUCAGUGCUAAGAGCUUUUAACGGCGUCGGUUUUCUAAUCGCACCGAUCAAAAUGACGUCGGGAACAAGGAUGCCGACGUGGAAGGAGCGGGAGAACAACAAGAGGAGAGAACGACGGCGAAGAGCCAUUGCCGCUAAAAUAUUCGCCGGAUUAAGGAUGUACGGUAACUAUCAACUUCCUAAACACUGCGAUAACAAUGAGGUAUUAAAAUCCCUCUGCAAUGAAGCCGGCUGGACAGUUGAGCCCGACGGCACCACCUACCGCAAGGGAUGUAAACCAAUGGAGAGACUGGAUUUUAUGGGUGGUUCAACAUCAUUAAGUCCAUGUUCAUCUUACCAGCCAAGCCCUUUCACUUCCAACAACCCAAGCCCUUUCACUUCCAACAACCCAAGCCCUGCUUCCUCUUCGUUUCCUAGUCCAGCUUCGUCCUCAUAUGCAGCAAACCUGAACAUGGACGGGAAAUCCCUCAUCCCGUGGCUUAAAAACCUCUCUUCUGGAUCCUCAUCAGCUUACUCCUCCAAACUCCCUAAUUUUCAUAUUCAUACUGGCUCUAUCAGUGCUCCAGUGACCCCUCCUUUUAGCUCGCCAACUGCCCGAACCCCUAGGAUUAAAACAGAUGCCGGAUGGGCUGGAUUUCGAUACCCUUACCUUCCAUCAUCUACACCAGCUAGCCCUGGUCGUCAGAAAUUCAUUGGUGGAGAAUGUUUUGCUGGAAUAAGUGGACCACCUUCUCCAACAUAUAGUCUUGUUUCGCCAAAUCCAUUUGGGUUCAAAAUGGAGGGUAUAUCCCAUGGUGGAUCUCGUAUGUGCACUCCUGGACAGAGUGGCACAUGUUCACCUGCUAUUGCUGCAGGAUUGGAUCAUACUGCUGAUGUUCCCAUGGUUGAAGUGAUGAUAUCUGAUGAGUUUGCAUUUGGAAGCAAUGCGGCUCGGAUGGUGAAGCCGUGGGAAGGGGAGAGGAUCCAUGAGGAUUGUGUUCCGGAUGAUCUUGAACUUACUCUUGGGAGUUCAAAGACAAGAUAAAAAUUGGAAGUGUGCAAGCAAAGGAGAAUUGGCUUCUAUUGAUGUCAAAGUGCGAUGGGGUAAAAAUGAAACAAAAGUUUUAGGCUUUCACAGGAGGAGUUGUUAUUAUAGCAUCUACCCUUUCCCAUCUCCCAAUUCAGUUGCUAUAUAAUGGAAAACUUUAAAAUUAGUAGCAAAAUGUAAGUUGCAGAAUUCAAUUACUCCACAUUAUUCGAAUGUUAGUUUGAACUUGUGCAAAAAAGAAACGCAAUUGCUGCAAGAA